AUGGGGAAUUGUUUCAAUUAUGAAGAAACCCAUAAUUCAAGUGUAAAACAAUAAAGAACAUUCAAAGCGGGAUUAGUUACCAUUUGCAAGGUACAUUUGGAGGGAAGAUUUAGAUUAAUGAAGUGUUUAAGCUAUUGA